AUGGAUACACAGGAUGUGGCAGAGCUCUGUUUUCCACAACUCUUCAACACCUCCUGCAAGAAACCUCCUCUGUCAGAAUUUGUGUUCCUUCAUGUUGUGUUGUCCUCCAUCUCGCUGCUAACUGUGACUCUCAACCUGCUCGUUAUCAUCUCAGUCUCCCACUACAGGCAGCUUCACACACCCACUAACAUCCUCCUCUUCUCUCUGGCUGUCUCAGACUUUCUUGUUGGUCUCCUGUUGAUGCCUGGAGAAAUCCUCCGAAAUACAGCCUGCUGGUUUCUCGGUGACUUCACCUGUUCUAUGUACAAUUAUAUGUCUUUCAUUGUUACCUCUACCUCAGUGGGAGACAUGGUGCUAAUAUCAAUUGACCGCUAUGUGGCUAUUUGUGACCCUCUGCAUUACCCCACCAGAAUCACAGACAGAAGAAUGAAACUCUCUAUCUGUCUGUGUUGGCUCUCUUCUGUUUUCUAUAGCAGCCUGUUUGUAAGAGAUGAUCUAACUCAACCAGGGAAGCAUAAUUCCUGCUAUGGAAAAUGUACAAUUGUUGUUGACUUAAUUACAGGAACUACUGACCUUCUUUUAACCUUUUUUGUUCCAGUUACUGUCAUUGUAGUUCUGUAUCUGAGAGUAUUUGUGGUGGCUGUAUCUCAGGCUCGUGCCAUGCGCUCUCAUGUUACAGCUGCUGCUCUGCAGCUUUCAGUGACUCUAACAACAAAGAAAUCAGAGUUAAAAGCAGCCAGGACUCUGGGUGUUCUUGUAGUUGUGUUUCUACUGUGUUUCUGCCCUUAUUAUUGUGUUACUCUUGCCAGGGACGAUCUACUCAAUAGUUCAUCUGUAUCCUUUGUGCUCUAUCUGUUCUAUUUUAACUCCUGUCUAAACCCUUUUAUCUAUGCACUGUUCUACCCCUGGUUUAGAAAAGCUGUGAAACUCAUAAUCUCUUUACACAUACUGCAGCCUGGCUCCUGUGAGAUUAGCAUUUUGUAA